AUGCUACUUCGGGCUUCCACCAGACAGGGAAAACCCAGGGGCUGCAUCCCUUCACCCCACACCUUACCAUCAAUUAGACAACCUGGAACCAGAGCCUCCCAACAGUCGAGCACUGGAGAGGAAGACAGGGAAGAAGAGGAGGAAGAUUCUGCUCGUUGCCCUGUCUGCGAUCUAUCGUUUCCUGACGUAGACCUGUUAGACGAUCAUCUGGUCAGUGGACACAGGUACGUCGGUGAACAGUUUAGGUGCAAUAAGUGCUCCAAAGGCUACAGUUGGCGACCCUGUCUUGUACAACACCAAGCUCUACAACACGGUGAAGUCAAAAGAUAUCCUUGUGAAAAUUGCAACCGAGUUUUCACAGACGCCAGCAACCUUCAAAGACAUAUAAGAAGAGACCACGUAGGAGCUAGAUCACACGCUUGCGAACAGUGUGGCAAGACUUUUGCGACGUCCUCAGGCCUCAAACAACAUACGCAUAUUCACUCGAGUGUUAAGCCAUUCCAGUGUGAAGUUUGUUUCAAGGCAUACACGCAGUUUAGCAAUUUAUGUCGGCAUAAGAGAAUGCAUGCAGACUGUAGAAUGCAGAUUAAAUGUGGAAAAUGUGGGCAGACCUUUUCUACUGGAACUUCGCUGUCAAAACAUAAGAGGUUUUGUGAUUCGACCUCACCAGUAACAUCUUCUGGAGCUAUGAAUCUUCCGCAGCCUGGUGGCAACCCAUUCCUUAUGUAUCCCAGACCUCCUAGCGGCCUUCCUUUCUACCCUCCCAUCAUUCAUCCUUAUCCGUCACUGUUUCACAACUCCUCUCCUGGGUUCCUUCCGAACCCUUUGUUGUUCAACAACCCAGAAGAGGAGAUGCAAAUCAGUACUCAAUUGACCAUGGAGGCAUAUCAGAAAUUCAGUCGUCAGAGGACUGGUUCUUCUCAGGACGGAUCGCCCUCUCCUACAAGAACCAGUUCUCCCAUCGACGCUGCGACACCUUCGAUAAGUUCCAUAUUGAGCCUCAAUAAAGUAUCACCACCUACAGCGGAGGAAGCAGUCUCCAAUGAAAGACCUUCACCAGCUCGUCCGCCAAUGUCAGCGACCUUUCCAAAAUUUGAAGAAACCCAACCAAACCAUUCAUUAAGCGAUGGAGCGCAGUCUCCCGUUUCGUCUAAAGCGGGCGAAACAACGAAUGAACAGCCAUUAGAUCUGAGCAUUACCAAAAAAAGAAGUAGGGAACCAUCGCCAAUUACAGUGCGAAAGACACCUUCACCUCCAAUCAACAAGAAUGAAGAGACUCCAAAAAGGAGUACUGAGCUUACAGUAAAACAUAUAAAAGAUCUAACGCCAUCACCGCCCGAAGACUCUUCUUCAUCGCCUGACACUAACGAAAAAAUGCCUCAGAUGGCAUACCCAAGACCAAUUCAUCCAAUGUUUUUAGAGGCUCUUUAUAGGCCACAGUUUACAGGAUUUACCCCACAACGUGAACCCAACUUCCAGUUUGGACCUCGUCCCUUUCCAUUUUUAGGAACUAUGGUAAAUGGAGUAGCGAAUAAUCAGCGGCCGUAUGAAAUAAUGCGUCCACAAAUGAACAAUUUCAACAAGCCUUAUCAGGAUGUUUUAUCGAAUUCUGCUAAUGGAAGCAAGUUGAAGGACCGAUAUGCUUGUAAGUUUUGCGGAAAAGUAUUUCCAAGAUCCGCAAAUUUGACUCGACAUCUAAGAACUCACACUGGAGAGCAGCCAUAUAAAUGCAAGUACUGCGAAAGAUCGUUCAGUAUUUCAUCUAAUUUACAAAGACAUGUCAGAAAUAUUCAUAAUAAAGAAAAGCCUUUUAAGUGUCCCCUCUGUGAUAGAUGUUUUGGCCAACAGACUAAUUUAGACCGGCACUUAAAAAAGCAUGAAGGCGAAGAUGGAAGUGGUGUGGUAUCUGUAGCUGACAGCCCUAGCAGUAAUGAGGCCGAGAGGGAGGACACUUAUUUUGAUGAGAUUAGAUCCUUUAUGGGAAAGGUGACCUAUGGUGCAGGACUGUAUCAACCUCAGGGUGAAGCAAAUGAAACGGAUUCCACUUCAGAGGAAUGCUCACCUGCAGUAUCUCCGACUGAUACACCAAUAGCUAUGGUCAUCAGAAAACAAUAUUCUCCUUUGUCUUACAAAGAUGAAACAUUAAAUAACAACACCUCAGAAGCAGAACCGCUUCAAGUAACAACCUAACCUUUAUUGGCAAAUCGCUUAAUGUAAAUAAAUAUAUGUAUAAACUUAUUAUAUGCGAUGCCACCCACCUUAAAUAAGUUUACUAUGUAUUGUGAUAGACUAGUUUACCAAAGCCCAAAACAUGUAAAAUUGUAAAUUUGAUCACAUAGACAUUGUUUAUCUUGUCUUUUCUCUCGAUGAAUGAAUGUAUAUUUUAAAUUCGAGUUUUGCUUUGAGAUAUGUUAUUAAGAUGCUUUUUUUCCUCUUUUCUUAUUUUAUUUACGAUUAGCAACCAAAAUUAAUUCAUGGUGGUCUAGUUAUUGUUUUACCAUAGUUUUAAGUAUUAUGUAUAUAUUGACCACUAGCAUGUAGAUUUGUAAAUAUUUGAAUAUGAUUUUAUUAUUUAUAAUAUAAAACACUUAAUCACAAAUAUUGUAAUUUAU